GGAGAUUUGUCUUCCUCUUCCUCCUCCUCGCCCUCUAUCCGGCGGUCUGUUGCCAUGCUGGCACAAGGGGCAGUUCAUCAGGAUAAUUGCAUGAGUGGCAUGGCGUCGGCUCCGCCCAAGUUCGGGGAUAGGCGUGCCACAUUCGGCUUCGGGUCCAACAGCGUGAGACAGCUGCGUGGACGUUUGGGUGACUGUACUCUCAGAGGCUAUCCUGGCCAAGUGCGCGGACACGUACUUGCAUUCGUCGGGCCGAACAAGUCUUGGGCGUUGAACGAUCAGUGCGAGCCAGGAGGCACGGCCACAUUGGUGCCCGCACCAGGGGAUGUGGCGUUGGGUACGGUGGUCUUCCUGACAGAAGAGCAGCUGGCCGUGCUGGAUGGAUUCGAGGGGGUCCCCUCGACGUACGACCGCCGCGACUUCGAGGCCGAGGUGCUGAUGGACGGGGAGUGGCGGCCGAUGCCCGUGGUCGCGUACAUCAGGCAGGACAGCUCCCAGUGGUACCCCCCCAGCGAAGCCUACCUCUGCGCCGUGCUGCGGAACCUGCGGGGCAGCUUCCCAGCGCUGCGCACCCUGACGCUGCGCGACGCCGAGGGCAAGGUGAGGGGCUCCUGGAGCCACCCGGGCUUCGGGGAGCUCUGCACCGGCGCGCUGCUCUUCGAGAUCGGCGUGCGGAUGCCGGAGCCCUGGCAGCUGCCCCGCGAGAUCGCAGAGCGGCUGCGGCGGCUGGGCGCCGAGCGCGGCGGCGCCGGCGGCGCGGCGGCGGCGCUGGGGCUGCGCCCAGAGGCGGCGGGCGGCGGCGGCGGCGGCCCCGCGCUGGAGGCGGGCGAGGCGGCCGUGGCGAGGGCGCUGCUGUCGAGGGCGGCCGACGCCGAGUCCAGCGAGGACGAGGCGCAGGCGGAGCGGGCCGCGGAGGGGCCCGCGCGCGCGGGGCCCGCGGCGGCGUCUUGAGCGCCGCCGUGCCCCGCCAGCGGCGCCGCGCCCGCGGGCGGGCGGGCGCCGGGGCAGCCGCCGCGCGGGGGGGGCCAUGCCGUCUGGCAGGGGCUCGGUGCUCAGAGGCUCCUCGAGGGGGUGGGCAGGCCUCCUGCCCUGAGACCCAGACCCCCUCGAGUAAUGAAAAAAUCAUGACGGGAGGUUUUUCCUAAUUUUCGUCUUCACCUUCCUGCCCGCUGGUCGCCUCAGCGGUCCACAUCUCCUGAGGGCGCUGAUUCGUGCUGAGCUGCACGCUGGCGCUGGGGGCCCAGGAAAAGAG